AUGGGUCCAUGCAUUCGUGGCCUAGUUGUGUGCGCGUGUGGAUCAACGGGCAGAGUGACUGAAAGCAUCAAUUCCCUGAAACGUCUCGUCGAGCUCGAUAUCUUUGAUUUCGUGUUGUCUUUCGCUGGCGUAUCAACUAUCGAUACACUCGUUGUACCUGCCAUAAAUCGCUUCAUCGAAAACGUGUUCGUAUACGACAUGAAGUUUUGGACUGCGCUGGAGCAAUCGUUCGGCGAGGACAGGCACGCCUUGAACAGCUCCCCUGUCAUGUUGUCGUUUGCGGAAACCCACAUUGACACCGAAAAUAAGCGACAGCGCGUGGUUGAUACUAGGGUUCUGGCAUACUCAAAUUUCAAAGAUGGUCGACCAUGGGGCCUUGACGUUUAUCGGUGCUCCUGUGGCGCCACGGCCCAUAACAUGAUUUUUCAUCCCGAUGGGAAGCAGCUCCAUGGGAAGCAGUGGAUACUCACCAAGAUGAAAUACGAGUGCCUUCAGUGUGGCACUAUUCGCCGGCACAUCCCCUGUCCAACUUGGAUCAAAAAAGCUGAUACAGGAAAUUUUGGACGCGUUUCGUACCAAUGGCCGCUUAGUCUCUCGCAGCGACAAGAUAUCGGCAUCACUCAUUAA